ACCAACCACACCCCCACCCACCUACGGAGAAGCAGUCACCAUGCAGACGGACCCGUUUCCUGUCCUGACUCCGCCCACCAGGCAGUCACUACCCAGUCAGGAGCAGACUGGCUUCUUCCUCUACCAAUCAACACAAACUGUCAACAUGGAGACAGUGCAGCAGCAUUCCCCGACGGUGAUGAUCAUCCAAUCAGAGGCUGUGGGUCCGAUGGGCGACGCCCCCUGUUUGACACAGUGUUCUAACUGUCAUCAGCGCGUCACGACGGUUGUCACCAACAGGCCUGGCGUGGCUGCGUGGGCCAUGUGUGGCCUGCUGACACUCAUGGGGUUCAUCUGCGGAUGCUGUCUGAUCCCGUUCCUGGUCGCAGGGUUCCAGGACGCUCAUCACUCCUGCCCGCUCUGCCACGCCCACCUCCACAUACACACCAGGAUGUGACAUCAUCACUACAUGCCAUGACAUCCUCACUACAGGACGUGACAUCAUCACUACAUGGCGUGAUAUCAUCACUACAGGACGUGACAUCAUCACUACAUGGCGUGAUAUCAUCACUACAGGAUGUGACAUCAUCACUGCAGGACAUGACAUCCUCACUACAGGACGUGACAUCAUCACCACAAGAAGAGAAGGACUGGUGACAUCAGAAGCCCUAGUUAGAGUGUCCUCUCAGGGCUUUAAACCACUGGACUGGUGUAGACUGGGUUAGGGGAUAGAGAGGUUACAGAGGUUAGGGUUCAGAGGAGGGAAUGAGAACAUGGCUGUUGGGUUGAAGCCCGAUUACAACAUUAAUUUACACUGUAUUAAAUGUCACUGUAUUCAAUAUAUUAACUAUAUCAUUUAUCAUAUUGCACACGGUAUUAACUACAUAAUUUAUUUAUUAAAUAGUGUAUGAAUCAUAU